AUGAGAAAUAGAUCUCCAAAGCUAAAGGAAAAAGCACUUUAUUACUCAAGAGAUAAUGAACCUAUUCCUAAAGCCUUUGUCAAGUUGAUUGAAAGACAGAAGGAAAAACAAGAUUAAAAGUGGAAUCGUUAUCAGGAUGCUAAAUUCUCUACUCCUUAAAAUCUAUACUCCAGUCCAACCAAGAGACCGAUCUUUACUUCCCCCAAUAACUUCACUGUUCCUAAACGACUCUUCUUUCCAACUACUCCCUCACAUAUUUAGAAUCUAACUCCCAACAAAAUAGAAUUCCAAAAUUUCGAGGAUUCUCAUUAAUCAGCUAAAUUGAGUAAUAAAAAUGAGAUUAAGUCACCAGAUUAAUCCUAAAACCCGCUUUAAAAUGUCAAUCAGGAAAAUGUUGAAAUCUAAAUAGCAUAAAUUAAUAACUAAGAUGACCAAGCAGAUUUCCAGGAAAUCAAACAAUAAGAAGAUGCAAAUCCAGAGGAAGUGCAGGCAUCACUAAACAAUUCUAAUUAAAUCAUUAUCCAAGAAUAACAGUAAUAAAUUAUGGAAGAACAAAAAUUGUAAGAGCCACUUAAUUAAAUUACUAUCGUUAACGAAGAAAUCAAUAAGCAUUCGUAAAGCAUCCAGACUAAAAUUGCUGAGGUUUAAUGUUUGAAGAAUGUCCAUACGCAAUAGUUCAUUAAAUUGCUCUAUUAAAUCCAUGAAAUACUCGGUCAGAUAGGAGAAUUAAAAGACAAAUAAAAAAUCACUUUAAAAGCUAAAAUUUUAUAAGACCUUAUUGCAUUCUUUGCUACAGUUCUCCCUGAAUUAGAAUGCAAAAUAAUUUAAGAACUGGUCCAGACAUCCAUAUCAUUAGCAAAUAAAAAAUUACUAGCACUUUGA